CCGGACGCGCCCCGCCCAGCCCUGGCGCGGCGCCUGCUGCGCGGGUUGCGUGAGCCCGCGGAGCGCACUUCUGCCUCGGACCAUGGCCUCGCUACGCAAUGCCAACCCCAGGCUGAGGAGCUACUUCAAGGAGAACUACAUUCCUCAGGUCUGCGAGGCGCUAUUAUGCGGUAUACUUGUUACAUGUCCUGAGGAUCCACUGAUAUAUUUAGAGGAAAUGAUCAUGGUUAUAAUUGAAAAUGGCCUUGAAAGUCUUCUUUGGGAUAUGUUCAUUGAACCAUCAGUGAAACCAAAAAUUCGAAGAUUGUCUGAAACAUACCUGGAACAACUUUUUGGACUGGAUGAUCAGCUGAUGACUCCAGAAUUGAUGAUAAAAGCAUGUACAUUUUAUACUGGACGUUUAGUAAAGACCCAUUUUUGCACUUGGAGAGACAUAGCAAUACCUAGGGUACGUGAAGAUGAGGCCCUGGCUGAAAAAAUGAAAAGAGCAGUGGCAUAUUACAAUUUCAGACUUCAAAAAUCUGUAUUUCAUCGCUGGCAUGUUUAUAUGGAAAAUCAAAAAGAAAUAUUUAAUGAUAUAAUAAUGCGGGUACAGCAGAUACUCUAUUAUCGCAAGCUGAUAAUUAUCCUAAAAAAAUGGCGGGAAAAAGCAAUACGUAAGAAUCAAAAGAAAGAAGAUGAAAUGUUGUUACAACAUGAACUUCAACUGCAAGAAUGGAAAGAUAAGUUAAAAUUAAAAAUCACUGCUCAAGACACAUCCAUUUCUCCUGAACUAAGUUUUUCGGAAGACUAUUUUGUAGGUGAGGGUGAAGAAUUUGACAUUUCAUUGUUACCUGACAGAGCAAUAUUACAGAUUUUCUUCUACCUCAGUUUGAGAGAUGUGAUAAUAUGUGGUCAAGUUAAUCAUGCCUGGCUGUCAAUGAUACAGAUGAGUUCAUUGUGGAAUGCUAUUGACUUUUCCACAGUGAAAAAUGUGAUUACAGAGAAAUACGUUGUGUCUACUUUGCAAAGGUGGCGUCUCAAUGUGCUGCGUUUGAAUUUCCGUGGCUGUCUUUUCCGACCAAAAACUUUCAGAUCUGUUAGCCACUGUAAAAACUUGCAAGAGUUAAAUGUCUCUGACUGCUCAACACUCACAGACGAAUCAAUGAGACACAUUUCUGAGGGCUGCGCGGGGGUCCUGUUUCUCAAUCUGUCUAACACAAAUAUCACCAACAGGACGAUGAGACUCCUGCCAAGGCAUUUCUACAACUUACAGAAUCUUAGUUUGGCUUAUUGCAGAAAGUUCACAGACAAAGGCUUACAGUACCUGAACUUGGGGAAUGGAUGCCACAAGCUCAUCUAUCUGGACCUCUCCGGCUGCACCCAGAUUUCAGUUCAAGGCUUCAAGAACAUUGCGAAUAGCUGCUCUGGAAUUAUGCAUCUGACCAUCAAUGACAUGCCAACUCUGACAGACAACUGUGUAAAAGCUUUGGUUGAAAAGUGCUUUCGUAUUACAUCAAUAGUUUUCACUGGAGCACCACAUAUCUCCGAUGGUGCUUUCAAAGCUCUUUCUACUUGCAACCUCAGAAAGAUCCGAUUUGAAGGAAAUAAAAGGAUUACUGACACAUGCUUCAAAUUUAUGGGUAAGAAUUUUCCAAAUAUGAAUCACAUUUACAUGGUGGACUGCAAAGGAGUAACAGACAGUAGCCUCAGGGCGCUUUCACCUUUGAGGCAACUGACCAUGCUGAAUUUGGCAAAUUGUGUAAGAAUUGGUGAUGUAGGACUAAGGAAUUUUCUUGAUGGUCCUGCGAGCAUAAAUAUAAGAGAACUAAAUUUAAGUAACUGUGUGCACCUGAGUGAUACCUCUGUUGUGAAACUAUCAGAGCGCUGCCCUAAUUUAAACUACUUGAGUUUACGAAAUGUUGAACAUUUGACUCACCUAGGAAUUGAACAUAUUGCAUACAUCCUUUCCUUGGUAUCAGUAGAUCUCUCUGGAACAGACAUCUCUAAUGAGGGUUUGGUGACACUUUCCAGACAUAAAAAAUUGAAAGAACUUUCUCUGUCCGAGUGUUACAGAAUCACUGAUGUUGGAAUUCAGGCAUUCUGCAAAAGCUCACUGAUCUUGGAACUCUUGGAUGUCUCUUAUUGCUCCCAGCUGUCAGAUGAGAUUAUUAAAACGUUGGCCAUUUACUGCCUUAAGCUCACGUCUCUCAAUAUUGCUGGCUGUCCAAAGAUUACUGACUCAGCGAUAGAGAUGUUGUCAGCAAAAUGCCGUUACCUGCACAUUUUGGACAUUUCUGGUUGUGUCCUGCUUACUGACCAAAGCCUUGAGGAUCUUCAGAUAGGCUGCAGACAACUCCGGAUCCUUAAGAUGCUAUACUGCAGACAGAUUUCCAAGGAGGCAGCUGACAGAAUGUCAUCUGUAGUUCAGCAGCAGGAAUAUAGCUCUAAUGACCCUCCACAUUGGUUUGGAUAUGAUUGUGAAGGCAAGACUCUUACAGAAGAGAAUCGGGAUACAACACCAUCUAAGGAGGCCUUAGACUUGACACUGAAAGAGUCUCUACUCAGUAGUGAAGAGGAAGCAGUAUGACCUUCGGCCUCAAGCAGGAAGAACAAAAAGAUCUAGAACUUGGCAACUUUUUCUUCUUUUGAUGCAAGUAUUUUAACUCAAUAACAAUAUAAACAAGCAACAAAUCAU